AUGUCUAACUACAACAGCAGUAAGAAGAUGAAAGCGGGUGCAAGUGACCGUGACAGCAACGACAAUGACAUGCAAUUUAGUACAAAUAUCCUUAGCAAUGCCAGUGCUGAUAUGUUUCCUGAUCAGUUUAGUACGCCGCCCAACAUUGCCAUGAUCACGGCCUGUUCACCUACUACUUUGGUUAAUCGCCUUGACCAGCGACAACCACAAGGAUCCUCUAGUCGUGUUAAUGUAGAUGAUGGGAACUACAUUGAUCCAUAUUUUCGUGGCUUCGCACCUGGGAUCAGGUUUUUCCCUCAUGAUCAAGAGCUGGUUGUGGAGUACUUGAUGAAAAAGAUUAGGAAUGAACCAUUGCCUAAGAACCGUAUUCAUGAAGUUAAUAUUUACGAAUACCAUCCAAAAACACUUGCUGAAAAGUACAAGCUAUAUAGCGAAGAUGCGUGGUAUUUUUUCACUACUAGAUCCAAAAAGUAUCCCAAUGGGAAUCGACCUGAUCGAGGAGUGCCUGGUGGAUUUUGGAAGCCUACUGGAAGUCCAGAUACAAAAAUCCUUGAUGAAAACAGCAACACGAUGGUCGAAAGAAGAUCACUAGAUUUUUAUGAAGGGAAAGGGAAAGGUGGUAAUAGAACAGACUGGAAGAUGCAUGAGUACUAUCCUACAACUAAUAAUGUUUCUUCAAGUAAUACCAAAGGCAUGAGGGUAUGA